AUGGCCAGGCGCAUACCUGGUAGAACUGCUCCUUUAGCCACAUUACAUCCAACGACUGCCCGAAACCAGUGUCUGUGCCCCGACCCAUGGGUCUCUCACCAGGAUGACAUAGUAGUGAACAGCGUCGAGGCAGGUACCGUGAAGCGAAGGGCGGGCGUCGGACAUUACCUACACAAACUCUCUUUAGUCAAGGGCCAUGCGCACAUCUGCAUAGACAUUGAUGAGUACCGCCGCAAUAGGCCGAGUCAGUCAGACUCACCCGUUGCAGGUGAUGAAGAGGGCGAAGUCAAGCAAGAAGAUUAUGACAACAACAACAAGCCCGAAUAUGGAUGCCGCUACUUCGAAGCGCCCAUCCCGCCUCAUCGAAAAGAAGAAUACAACUUCCACAUCUACAAAUGCACAGCUACCAACCCGGCCAUUUUCCUCGCAAUAGCACGCCUAGCACAGCGCAAUCUUCGCUUCAUGAACUUUGAUUCUGCGAUAAACCAUCUUCCAAAUCUACAUCCCACCAGCCGGCUUCCCAAACUGCAACCAAACGUCACAGCGGAAAAAAUACCACAUGACCAAGAAGAGGGAUUUCAUGACCCAGUAACCAUCAUCUUCCUGCCGAGCUUCUAUCACGACGGCAGACAUGCAGUGGGCUAUUACACUUUCUCUCCACCGAAUUCCAACCGGGCAUUAGACAAGUCGAAAGCGCUUAUGCGUGGCUUCAAGCAAAUUCUCUUCACACCUUGUAAUGUGCAAGAAUUGGAGGAUCUCGGUUUGAUUGCGUACGAGCCUUGUGUCGCGGGGCAGAGCCCGUCUAACAAGAAACAAGUGCAGAGUAUUGGUGCGGCAGGUGGCAAGUGGUUCCGCUGUGAGGUAGUGGAGGAGUGGGAUGAUUGGAGUGAAAGCUUCGAGAUUGUAGCGCGUGUUUGGCAAAGGAGAUUGGAAAUGUGCAAUCCAAAGUCAUUUGGGGUGUGA